AUGGGAACUUUAGUUAGGUUGAGGCUUUGGCCUCGACUCAUCUAUGCAGUUGCAUUUUGCAUAAUUGCUAGCAGUGUAGCUGCUGAUGAUGAUAAGCCUUACUAUGAAAGUCAGCCAAACAAUUACUAUCCAACACCGUCAAGUCAUGGACAACAGUCACUAUAUUAUUUCAAACCACCUCCAUAUUACUACAAUUCCCCGCCUCCACAAUUUCCUUAUGUCAACAAAUCCCCUCCAUAUUACUACAAAUCUCCACCUCCUCCACCUCCAUCCCCUUCCCCUCCACCUCCAUAUAUCUACAAGUCACCGCCUCCUCCAUCUCCUUCACCUCCCCCACCAUAUUUAUAUGAAAGUCCACCACCACCCUCUCCAUCACCACCACCUCCAUAUGUCUACAAGUCUCCUCCUCCACCAUCUCCCUCACCACCACCUCCAUAUGUCUACAAGUCUCCUCCUCCACCAUCUCCCUCACCACCCCCACCAUAUGUUUAUAAGUCACCACCACCUCCAUCCCCUUCACCUCCUCCUCCAUAUAUUUACAAGAGUCCACCACCACCCUCUCCAUCACCACCACCUCCAUAUGUCUACAAGUCUCCUCCUCCACCAUCUCCCUCACCACCCCCACCAUAUGUUUAUAAGUCACCACCACCUCCAUCCCCUUCACCUCCCCCUCCAUAUGUUUACAAGUCACCCCCUCCUCCAUCUCCUUCACCUCCUCCACCAUAUGUUUACAAGAGUCCACCACCACCCUCUCCAUCACCACCACCUCCAUAUAUCUACAAGUCGCCUCCUCCACCAUCUCCCUCUCCACCUCCACCAUAUGUUUAUAAGUCACCACCCCCUCCAUCUCCUUCACCUCCCCCACCAUAUGUCUACAAGAGUCCACCGCCACCCUCUCCAUCACCACCCCCUCCAUAUGUGUACAAGUCUCCUCCUCCACCAUCACCCUCUCCUCCCCCACCCUAUGUUUACAACUCACCACCACCUCCAUCUCCUUCACCUCCUCCUCCAUAUGUCUACAAGUCACCUCCUCCUCCUUCUCCUUCACCUCCCCCACCAUAUGUCUAUCAGAGUCCACCACCACCUUCUCCAUCACCCCCACCUCCAUAUGUCUACAAAUCCCCUCCCCCACCAUCACCCUCUCCUCCCCCACCAUACGUCUACAACUCCCCACCACCUCCAUCCCCUUCACCUCCUCCUCCAUAUGUCUACAACUCUCCCCCUCCACCAUCUCCAUCCCCUCCCCCUCCAUACAUUUAUAAGUCUCCUCCUCCCCCAUCCCCUUCACCACCCCCUUCAUAUGUCUACAAGUCCCCGCCCCCACCAUCUCCCUCACCACCACCCCUAUAUGUUUACAAUUCUCCACCCCCACCAUCUCCUUCACCUCCUCCACCUUAUGUCUAUAAGUCACCUCCCCCUCCUUCACCUUCGCCGCCACCUCCAUACUACUAUAAAUCUCCACCUCCACCUUCUCCAUCACCUCCUCCACCAUAUGUCUACAAGUCACCACCACCACCUUCACCUUCACCGCCGCCUCUUUAUAUUUACAAGUCUCCACCUCUACCAUCUCCAUCACCUCCUCCAUAUCAUCCCUACCUCUAUAAUUCACCCCCACCUCCCGUCUAUUAA